UGAAAAAAAUAUAUAAAAUUGGAUGUUCGUUACAAAACAAUUAUAUGUUCUUUACAAAAUAAAUGUAUGCUCUUUACAAAAUAAUUACAUGUUCUUUUUGCAUUUUUUGGCUGUACCAAGCAAGGUACAGCCGCCUGCACCUUAAAAUUUUCACAUUUCGUGACCAACCAUCGUACUUGGCUGUGUCGCUCGGGCUCGUGGUAAACUCGUUCCUGCCAUAUCGAACCAUUUCGUGCCAUCCUAUGAUCCUACUCUCAGUUCCCAAAUCAAAUUUUCAUCUUCUAUUCUAUUCUUGUUCCCUCCAUUUUUAAAACUCACUCAGACAAAAAAAAGAAAGCUCACAAUUCAAAAACCUCCUCUUCUUCAGAAACUUCUAGUAGAAAUCAUCAACUCUACCAUUUCAAUUAGGGUUUUUUGGAACUUUGCGAUUAUGAAGACUCCAAAGAAAGAUAGGAUUAGCUAUUUACCCGACGAAUUAUUGAUUCACAUUCUUUCAUUCCUUCCUAUGAAAGAGGCUGUGGCUACUAGUGCUUUGUCGAAGCGAUGGAAGAAAACUUACACCUGGUUAUCACGCCUCGAAUUCGAUGCCUUCCCUAUAUGUCAUUGUCAGAAACGUCCAUAUUUGAUUGACUCUUACCAUGCUUUUGAGAUGUAUGUUGAUAAUGUAUUGAAAGCAUCUCAAUCUCAGAAGAUAACCACUUUUAGACUUCAUUUUGGGGGUUACUGUGAGAUCAGAUACCCGUCUUCUUGCAAUCGAGUUUGUUUCCCUGAUAUGGAACCUAUGCGCUUGAAUGCCUGGUUAACUUUUCCCUUAGCCCGAGCAGUUAGGGAACUUGACAUUUAUGCUCGUGUGAGGACACCUGGAAACCUACCAUCAACAAUAUUUGUUUGUGGAACAUUGGAAUUGUUGAAGCUCGAUGUCAAUCUUGAUCUUGAUGUUCCUUUGUCUGUGAGGUUGCCAAACUUGAAAGAGUUUAAUCUCUCUUUAAUCUUCUUCCCGUUUGAUGACUCUGUGGCUAGGCUAGUUUCGAGCUGCCCAUCCCUUCAACGCCUUGAUCUGUAUGGUGCCUGGUUACCUGAGGCUCCUCUUGUAAUUUCUUCACCUUCGCUUCAUAGAUUAGCUAUAGAGAAUGUUUUAGAAUAUGAUGGCCGAAUGUGUAAGGUUGAGUUUAAUGUUCCUAACUUGGAGUAUCUAGAUCAUUUUGACACAUGUCCAAGGAGCUACUCUAUUGCACAUCUGAAUGCUCUAGUCGAAGCGGACAUUGAACUAGUUGAAGGAUGCGGUUUUGAUAGUAGGGUUGUACUGGGCUUUGUCUGUUUGAUGUCCAAUGUUCAGCAUUUGUCUCUGCGUUAUUGGCUUGUAUUGGGUUUACACUAUGUAGAUGCUUCUGAACUCAACCGUAUGCUGCCAGUCUUUCGUAAUCUGAAAAGUUUGAGGCUUGGUUGUUGUGGCUAUUAUGAUUGGAAUAAACUGUUGAUGGGGCUGUUAAAUUGUGCGCCUUUCCUAGAAGAACUUACUUUAACACAGGGAAUCAGAUACGUAGGUGAUGAAACUGACGAUGCUUAUAUGAUGGUGUCUGAUCGGGACUGUCAGCCUUGGAGAAGAACUCAAACAGUACCAUCUUGUUUGGGGUCUCAUUUCAAAAAGUUUGUAAUAAUGGAAUGUUACCAUUCAGAAUUGGACCGGGAAAUCAUAAAGUAUUUUAUGAGAAACUCAUUAGUUUUGGAGGAGUUGGUGGUUGUAGUUUGUCAUCCUUCAGUUACACAGGCAGCAAGGACAUAUUAUGAGGAGUUACCAAGAGCCUCGAUCACUUGUUCAGUAACUGUAACAGACAAGUGAUUUUCUUUGGGUCUCAUAUUGUGAGCACUCUCAAAUAAUGGAUGUAAUACUCUUUAGUGGUUAGAAUAAGUAGUACUGUUGUUUUGUAUAGACAGUUUGGAGUCUGAUGUUAGGAUUUAGAUGAUGUCUUGUUUGCAGUUCGCGACUUUACAGUGAUGAGUACUUUAUAUUUGGGUGUUAGUGCUACUAUAGUCAGAGAGGCAUGACUGAUUUCAAGUAGUUAAGAAUCUUAUCUUCACUGCUAAACUUCUGCUGUUCUUCUGAACUUCAUGUUAAGCUGCAGGUGAAGAGGAGAUUCGAAGUUCCUGAUUUGAGUUCUAUUAAUUUCUGUUCAGGCUUCCAGUAGCUACUGGAAUAAUACAUUUGUAUAAAUAUUUUAACCAUUGUAUAGGUUAUAUGUUGCUAUAGAGGUUUCCUUUUCUUCCUUUGCGCAUAGCUUGUAAAGAAUUUGCUAUCAAUACAAAGUUACAAACAUUACUUGCUUUCCAAAAGAAAAUAAAGUGUGGUAAAAAGUUUUCUCUGAUUAAAAUGAUUAUCAUAUGUUGAC